UAAGAUCGUAUCAACCAUGCAAUCGCUCAUCAGAGCUGUCUUUUGGGCUGUAUAUUAUUACCUUCUAUAUUAAUUAAACAAUAACUGCUGAUAAAUGUGUUCAUCCAAUACCUCCAAGUUUUAUUUAUGUAUAUGGUGGUUGUUUGAGAUUCGUCUCUCUUAUAUGUGCAAUGAGUCUUCUUCCUCAAGUUACAAAUUCUAUGGUACCUUUUUAACUAUAAAAUGUAGUCAAUGAUGUCAUAACUAACGCCACUGUCUUUUGACUGGUUAUAUAGAUUUCAUGGUUACUUUUCCAAAUCUCAGUAAAACCUUUUUAAAAUCAAGUAUUCGUAGUUCUUAUAUGUUUUGUCUCGUUUUACCUUUUUUUUUUAAGAAAACGUACCACUCUUACGAUAUUUUUGUAUAUAUGGUCUUGAAUUAUCAGAGACCCUAAACCAAAAAAAAAUGGGGGCCCAUAUGUUAUUGUAUAAAGUUAUAUAAUAUAAACAAAAAAAAUGCUAAAUAAAAAAAAUUAAGUUAGGGUAGAGAUAGAAAGGAAAAAAAUAAAAGUUUAUAUAAAAUUAAAUUUAUCUAUGUCAAGUACAAUUCUAAUGAUAUAAAUGAAUUUUUAUUAUUAUGUUUUUCUGUUUUUAAGUAUAUAAAUUUUUUUUUUAAACAUUUGGGGCCUUAAAAAAAUGGGAGCCCUAGACCCAGGUUUCAUUCAGCUGUAUUCAGAAACGCUCCUGUAUGUAUGAUCUCAUAGUAAGCAACAUUACAUCAUUUCAAAUAAUAAAACUAUGUAGGUAUUAUUAAAUUGUAAUUAAAAUGUAUUAUUUAACAAAAAAAUAGUUUGAAUAUUCCAAUUUUUGUACAACUUAAAUUUUGUCAUUGAAUCGGCAAAACGAACUAACAUAAAAUUUCGGGGACACUGAUGUGAUACUUUUGAGACUUUUAUUAAGUUUAAGUUGGCAAGAAAAGAACCCCCAAUAGAGACAGAGACUAAGUCAAAAGAAAUAUGAAAUCUCAGAACCAUAUUUCUUAAACUUAGCCACCUACACUCUCGGAUUAGUGUUGAAGAGUGUGAUUAUAACGUUAUGUUCGAGUAUUGCAACAAUACUGAACAUCAAGAGGCUUGGGAAGUUUGUUCCAAGUUUUGUAGGGCCCUAAAGUAGUAUUGUAGAUUCUUGUUUUACAUAUUGGGCCUUAGAACCAUUUGACCCUAUGCACGUUCCCAUGGCCAGCCAGCCAUAAACAUCAGACCAUCGAACCUGAACUAUUCAUUAAGUAGCACUUAUAUAUAAGGGAUUUUUAACGUCAAAAUCCAUAAACUAAGUUUGUUUUGGAUAAAAAUUCUCAAAUUAAAUGUUUAACGUAAAAACUACAAACUAAUUUUAUUUAAUGAAUUAAACUUUAACAGGUUAUAAUUAUCACUACUAUUGAUAAAUAUUUAGUUUAGGGAUUUUACAUGAAUUUUUAACGUUAAAACUCAUCAACUAAAUUUGUUCUGAGUAAAAACCAUCAAACUAAAUAUUUAACGAAAAAACCCUCAAAGUAACUUUUUUUAAUGAAUUAAACCUUAUCAUGUUAUAAUUAAAAUUGCUACCGGUAAAUUUUUAGUUUAGGAGUUUUUACAUUAGUAAACAUAGUUUUGAAGAAUUUUACCAUUAGAAAUAAAAAAAAAUUAAAAUUUUAUAAUAUCAUCUAAAAAUUAGUAACUUAAAAUUUUAAAAUUAGUAUUUUUUAAAAAAAUUGUAAACAUAUGAAAUUGAUGCGUUUUUAACAUCAAUAUUAUAUAUGUAUAAAUUAAAAAUGUAAAAACCUAUAAGAUAUAAUAAAAAUUAACUAAAGAUUUACUUGGGCCUCAUUUGUAAAGCCAAUGCUUUUUGUUUCAUUCCCAUUUUGGACCGUCCAACAGAAAGUUAACAAAACAAAUUUACAGUUUAAGCCCAAAUUUGAGAAAGCUUGGGUGUUUAUCUCUGCUCCCACGUGUUCAACAUCAACGCAAGCGACGAAAAUGCAUCCAUCAUGCACCCUGAAGCAACUCCUCCGUGAACUCGACGUAAUCGUUUCUUGUUGCUUUGUCCCUCUCCGGUCAACGUUGAAAGCAACCAUGCUCCAAACACCAAUACCAACUUAAGCUACUUCUAUUCAUAGCCUUCACUCUCUGCUUUAAUCUUCCUCUGCCUAUUAAGAAGAGCGCACCUCCGUCUCCGGUAAAGAUUUAAAUCGGAGAUAUGUUCCCGCCCCAGUAAGGAUUGACGGAUCUGAAAGGCACGAUAUAACCGUCUCUAACAUGGUAAAUUCCGAGUGAAAAUAAAGAUGAUAGGAGUGAUAUGCAAACAAAGAGAAGCACAGCGAAAAUUCGAUUCAAAGGUGAUCACAUUUUUUUAAUUAGUUCAACUCAACAUCAGAGAACGAUAUAAGAUGGUUGUUAAUCCACUCUGAUUUGAGUUGAAGAAAACAAAAAUCCUAAUGUAGAACGGGAAGAUCCCAUAACUAAAAUAAAAGAUCAUGAGUCAAAUUAAGAAAGAAAGAGAUACUUCUAGCUGACUUAUGAUCAAACAAAACAACAAAAGAAACAAACCUAUCUCAGACUUGUGAUCAAAUCCUUCAAAGGAUUUUGAGGAGAUAAAAUUUUCUCUCAGUCUAUUUUUUUUUUCAAAAAACCCAUUAGAAAAUAAAUUAGUUGUUGUCCGGAACAUCAUGGUCCAAUGGCAAGGACGGGCUCUUUCCUGCAUUCAGGUUGCGAGUUUGAACUCUGCCUGAGGGAACUACCUCGUGAUAUUUCUAGACACCCCACACGGAUAUGGGUCUAUGCUUUAAGACCUAUUUGCAUAUCUGGAAAGAUGGUCUAUCUGUGGACUGCACCUCUUUUUAGGGAUUAGUCUGAGCUCUUUCAUAGGCUCGGAUACUCCAGGUUAAAAAAAAAAAUUAAUUAGUUGUUGACUCAAAUUGUCUUUUUUCUUUCGUCGACUGACUCAAUUUGGUUUUAUAUGACUAGUAACGUAACGUUCGUAAGGUAAUUAUGACUCAAAUUGUUGACUGAAAAUUAACGUAACGUUCAUAAGAUAUUAUGACUAGCAAUAAAUUAAUUUGUUGUUUACUUGCAUUGGUUUAUAUACGACGAUCAAUAUCAAUGGAGAAAUUGAACUAAGAUUACAAUGGCUUUACAUAUACUGUUCGUUCUCUUUUCUCAUGUGCUUUUAACGCAAGUGGUCGAAGGAAACACUGAUGAUUUUGAUUGUGUUGAUAUAUACAAACAACCAGCUUUCCAACAUCCAUUGCUCAAACACCAUAAGAUUCAGGAAAUUUUCUAUCCGGAUGAAAAUCUUGAUAGAAAGGGUCAAUAUAAAACGAAUUAUCAAAGUUGUCCAAAAGGAAAAGUGCCAAUCUUAAAACAAAGAAAUGGAACUAAGAGCGUUCAUCUUGACACAGUCGAGUAUCCGGGCCAACAUUUUGCAACAAUUGAGACCGUUUUGGAUGGGAGCAUCUAUCGAGGAGCAGAAGCUAAUAUAAGUCUUCAUAGCUUAACUCUCCAGAAUAACCAGUUCAGUAAAAGUCAAAUUUGGUUAGAGAAUGGACCCCGUAAUGAACUCAAUAGCAUUCAAGUUGGUUGGGGAGUACAUCCAAGAUUGUACGGUGACACUCGCACAAGAUUUACAAUGUAUUGGACCGCAGAUGGUUAUAAAAACUCUGGAUGCUAUAACAUACAAUGUCCUGGCUUUGUUAUUGUAACUCGAAUUCCUUGGAUUGGAAUAGCGUUUCCUAGAACCUCUAUUUAUGGUGAUAAAAAAUCAUUUACUUUCACACCGCAAGUAUUCCAGGAUGGCUUAAGCGGGAAUUGGGGAUUGAAAAUAUUUAAUGAAGUAAUUGGUUACUGGCCCAAAGAACUAUUCACACAUUUAAAUGACGGAGCAUCUUUAAUACGUUUUGGAGGAAAUACAUUUAUGUCUCCGGAUGGAAUAAGUCCUCCAAUGGGAAAUGGGCAUUUUCCGGUUAUCGACUUUCAAAAAAGUUCAUUUUUUCUGCAUGUCAAAGUUAGAAACUCGAACUAUCAAUUACUUGAUAUUGAAGACAGUAAAACAAGACUUUAUUCAGAUUCGUUCCAGUGUUAUAGAUUAUCGUAUUGGGGUUAUGCGAAGUCGAAUGGAGUAUCCUUCUCCUUUGGAGGUCUAGGUGGAGACUGUGGUACUUGAUGAUUAUGAAUUUUACAUAUGUACUACCGACCAAAAUUAUCAAAAUUGAAAAGUAAAUAAAAUUUGACUAAACUAUGUUCUUUUUU